AUGGCUAAACAUCAUACAGUGGUCCACGAAGCCCAGAACGUGGCAAGUCGUGAAGCCCCACAACACUUCUACAAUUCUCAACCAAGAGCAGGUCACGUGACAGAUAUGGCUCAGUACCGUGAGAUGUACGAGCAGUCCAUUGAAGACCCAGAAGCCUUUUUUGGACCAAUGGCUCGCGAGCACCUACACUGGGAUCGCCCUUUCACGCAGGUACGUGCCGGUUCGCUAGAAAAUGGCGACUCCGCUUGGUUUUUAAACGGUGAGCUGAACGCCGCGUACAACUGUGUCGAUAGACAUGCUUUCGCUAACCCAUCCAAGCCAGCCUUAAUCUACGAAGCCGACGACGAGAAGGAGAACCGUGUCAUCACGUUUGGUGAACUUUUACGCCAAGUGUCCGAAGUCGCCGGCGUUUUGAAAAGCUGGGGUGUGAAGAAAGGUGACACGGUCGCCGUGUAUCUCCCAAUGAUCGCCGAGGCCGUCGUCGCCAUGCUUGCUGUCGCAAGACUUGGUGCCGUUCACUCCGUGAUCUUCGCUGGAUUCUCGGCUGGUUCUUUGAAAGAGCGUGUGGUCGAUGCCGGUUGUAAAAUCGUAAUUACCUGCGACGAAGGUCGUAGAGGUGGUAAAACCGUUCACACCAAAAAAAUUGUCGACGAAGGUUUGGCUGGCGUCGGUUCAGUUUCCAAUAUCUUGGUCUUCCAAAGAACCGGCACUCCCGGUAUCCCAAUGAAACCUGGUCGUGAUUUCUGGUGGCACGAGGAAACCGCUAAGCAUGGCGGUUACUUGCCUCCAACUCCCGUUAACUCUGAGGACCCACUAUUCUUAUUGUACACCUCGGGUUCUACUGGCUCUCCAAAAGGUGUGGUUCACACCACUGCAGGUUAUCUCUUAGGUGCCGCGCUGACCACCAAAUACGUUUUCGACAUUCAUCCAGAAGAUGUGUUAUUCACUGCUGGUGAUGUUGGCUGGAUUACGGGUCACACUUACGCCCUAUACGGUCCCCUUGCCUUGGGUACCGCUUCUAUCAUUUUUGAGUCUACCCCUGCCUACCCAGAUUACGGUAGAUACUGGAGAAUCAUCGAACGUCACAAGGCCACCCACUUUUACGUGGCUCCAACAGCUCUUCGACUCAUCAAACGUGUUGGUGAAUCCGAGAUUGCCAAAUACGAUAUUUCCUCUCUUAGAGUAUUGGGUUCUGUUGGUGAACCUAUUUCUCCUGAUCUGUGGGAAUGGUACCACGACAAGAUUGGUAACAAGAACUGUGUAAUUUGUGAUACUAUGUGGCAAACUGAAUCUGGUUCACAUUUGAUCGCUCCUUUAGCAGGUGCCAUCAACACCAAACCAGGUUCCGCUACUGUCCCAUUUUUCGGUGUCAACGCGUGUAUUAUCGACCCUGUCUCCGGCGAAGAGCUUAAGGGCAAUGAUGUUGAAGGUGUUUUGGCCGUGAAGAACUCAUGGCCUUCGAUGGCCAGGUCCGUAUGGAACAACCACUCCCGUUACAUCGAGACCUAUUUGAAACCAUAUCCUGGCUACUACUUCACCGGAGAUGGUGCCGGAAGAGAUCACGACGGAUACUACUGGAUUAGAGGCAGAGUUGAUGAUGUUGUUAAUGUUUCUGGUCACAGAUUGUCCACUGCAGAAAUUGAGGCUGCUUUAGUUGAACACGACGGUGUUUCCGAAUCCGCCGUCGUUGGUAUCACUGACGAAUUGACUGGUCAAGCCGUUAUUGCAUUCGUGUCUUUGAAAGACGGUUACUUGCAAGAAAAUGCCUCCGAAGGUGAUGCUGCCCACAUCACUCCAGAAAACUUGCGUCGUGAAUUGAUUCUACAGGUUAGAGGUGAGAUCGGCCCUUUCGCGUCGCCCAAAUCGGUUGUUGUUGUCAACGAUUUGCCUAAAACCAGAUCUGGCAAGAUUAUGAGAAGAGUGUUGAGAAAAGUGGCUUCAAACGAAGCCGAUCAGUUGGGUGAUAUGUCGACUUUGGCCAACCCCGACUGCGUCCCCUCGAUUAUAUCCGCGACUGAGAACCAAUUCUUGGCCCCAAAGAAGAAAUGA